AUGCACACGAUUUUUCGAAUUGGUGAAGUUCGAAAACUUGACAAGGAAAGUUCACUUUAUCAAGUGGAUCUUAAACUUACAUCGGAUGAUGACCAACAGCUUCGUCAAUUAACCGAUCGUAUGCGAGAAGAAGUUGACGGCACUGGAUGGUAUCGAAUGGGUAAAUUGCUGCUCAGAAUAAGUCAAUUUGACAAGGCUGAAGAAUUAUAUACAGCACUACUAGAACAGACAUCCAGCGACAGUGAUAAAGCAUAUAUCUAUUACCAGCUUGGAUGGGUGAAACUAGACCAAGGACAACACAAAGAAGCAGCUUCAUUUUGCGAAAUGUCUCUCGAAAUCUGUCGAAGAACUCUUCCAGAAGAUCAUCCUUCAUUGGCUUCUAUCUACAACAACAUCGGUCAAGUGUAUAAGAACAUGGGUGACUACUCGAAAUCACUUGAAUUUUACGAAAAAGCACUUAAAAUCUACGAAAAAGCUCUGCCUCCGAAUCAUCCCUUCUUGGCUACUUCCUACAACAACAUCGGUGAAGUGUAUAACAACAUGGGUGACUACUCAAAAGCACUUGAAUUUUACGAAAAAUCACUUAAAAUAAGAGAAAAAGCUCUGCCUUCGAAUCAUCCCGAUUUGGCUAUUUCCUACAACAACAUCGGUGGAGUGUAUAACAACAUGGGUGACUACCCGAAAGCACUUGAAUUUUACGAAAAAGCACAUAAAAUCUACGAAAAAGCUCUGCCUCCGACUCAUCCUCAUUUGGCUACUUCCUACAACAACAUCGGUCUCGUGUAUAACAACAUGGGUGACUACUCGAAAGCACUUGAAUUUUACGAAAAAGCACUUAAAAUAAAAGAAAAAGCUCUGCCUCCGAAUCAUCCCGAUUUGGCUACUUCCUACAACAACAUCGGUCAAGUGUAUAAAAACAUGGGUGACUACUCGAAAGCACUUGAAUUUUACGAAAAAUCACUUAAAAUCUUCGAAAAAGCUCUGCCUUCGAAUCAUCCCGAUUUGGCUAGUUCCUACAACAACAUCGGUGGAGUGUAUAACGACAUGGGUGACUACUCGAAAGCACUUGAAUUUUACGAAAAAGCACUUAAAAUAAAAGAAAAAGCUCUGCCUCCGAAUCAUCCCAAUUUGGCUACUUCCUACAACAACAUCGGUCAAGUGUAUAAAAACAUGGGUAACUACUCGAAAGCACUUGAAUCUUACGAAAAAUCACUUAAAAUAAGAGAAAAAGCUCUGCCUUCGAAUCAUCCCGAUUUGGCUAUUUCCUACAACAACAUCGGUGGAGUGUAUAACAACAUGGGUGACUACUCGAAAGCACUUAAAUUUUACGAAAAAUCACAUCAAAUCUUCGAAAAAGCUCUGCCUCCGAAUCAUCCCGAUUUGGCUACUUCCUACAAUAACAUCGCUUCGGUGUAUGAUGACAUGGGUGACUACUUGAAAGCACUUGAAUUUUACGAAAAAUCACUCAAAAUAAGAGAAAAAGCUCUGCCUUCGAAUCAUCCCGAUUUGGCUACUUCCUACAACAACAUCGGUGAAGUGUAUAGAAACAUGGGUGACUACUCGAAAGCACUUGAAUUUUACGAAAAAGAUCUAGAAAUCACGAAAAAAGCUCUGCCUUCGAAUCAUCCUCAUUUGGCUAUUUCCUACAACAACAUCGGUGGAGUGUAUAACAACAUGGGUGACUACUCGAAAGCACUUGAAUUUUACGAAAAAGCACAUCAAAUCUUCGAAAAAGCUCUGCCUCCGAAUCAUCCUCAUUUGGCUGUUUCAAAGCAUGAUAUUGGUCUUACAUAUGAAAACAUGGGAGAAUACUCGAAGGCCAGUCAGUUUUAUCAACGUGCUGUUGAUAUCGCACAAAUUUCAUUACCCUCAAAUCAUCCACACUUACAAUUGUAUAGAAAACGCCUUCAGGACGUAAAAAAGAAAAUGUAA